AUGAUUACAAAAAAUAAAUUAACUAAUAUUUGUACAACCCUAACAUUAGAAAAAGCAAAAGAAGACAUUGAAAAAGAAUGUAAAAUAAUUAAAGGCAAUAAACCAAAUUCUAAUUAUGAGCAAUUUAAUGAAUGUUUGAAUGAAGGAAAAGAAGUAAAGAAUACUGUUAUGUUAGAUGAAAAUAGUGAUGAGGAAGAAAUUAGGAAAUGGAGAGAAAAAAGAUUAAUGGAAUUUAAAAAAAAAAAGGAAUUAAAAAAAGAAGGCGUUUAUAUUGAAAUAAGUGAAAAAGACUUUUUACCAACAGUUCUUAAAAAUUAUAAUGUGAUUUGCCACUUUUAUGAUAAUAGUUUCAAUCGUUGCGAAAUUUUACAUUCUCAUUUGAUUAAACUAGCAAAUAUACAUCUAGCGACUAAAUUUAUUAAAGUUGAAGCAAAAAAUUGUCUAUUUUUUAUGAAAAAAUUAAAUAUAAAUGUUUUACCAAGCUUAUGUUUAUUUAUUGAUGGUGUACUUAUUCACACAUGUAUUGGUUUUGAAAAUUUUGGCAAUAAAGAUAAUUUUAAAACGAAAGACUUAGAAAGAUAUUUAUAUAAAAAAAAAGUUAUAAGCAAUAUGGAAUAUAGCGAAAGUGAUGAAGAAAUUUAA